AUGCCUCCUCGUCCCCAUCAUCGCUCGCCGUCGUCCCCGUCCUCCUCCCGAAGCGCCGCUGCCCAUUCCCUACGGCCCAGUGAGCCCCGCUCCUCUUCCUCUCUGCUCCUCGCGGCGUCCCGCACGACCACGCCGCCGCACAGGCCGCGCCUGGCCCGCUCCCUGUCGUGUGGCUCCUCCCUCCGUCUCCCUGCCUCGCCCCGCUCCCGCAGACUGCUGCUGCACUGCUCCGCCCGCACGCGCACGUCCCCACAUCACCGCGUCCCCCUGCACUCGCCGACCACACCGCGGCCUCGCUCCUCCCUCGCGUCGUGCACGCACACGCGCCUGCUGCUGUCGUCGGGCGCCGCUCUCACCGCGUCCCCCCGGCACCGCCACUACUCGCAACCGCUGCUCCGCUGCAGCUGCGCUGCUGCCUCUGCUUCUGCCGACACCGCUCGCCGCUGUAGCCUGUGCACGUGCGCUCGUUCGUGGCCUCGCUGCCGCCCACCAUCGCCUGCCCGCCUGCACUCGUCGCGAGCCACUGCUCGCUCGCUCACCGCGCCACGUGCUGCUCCUCCCGCGCCCUGCUCGUGCCUUGGCCUCGCCCGUCUCCCUCACUCACCUCACCGCGCGCCCGCGACCCUCCUCCUCGCUCCCGCACCUACCGGGCGCACCACCGUCUGA